GUUGAAGUGAAGGAUUUACGCAUAGUGACGGAUCUUGGUUCAUGCUUACAGUCGCACCGGAUUUGUGUCGCAGCGUUUCCCAGCCCAGACGCAGAGAAGGUACCAGUUAGACUAUUAUUUCACUUCUCAGGGGAAAUUUGCUCCUAUCUCUGCCAACAGCAUCAGGUAAAUAAGCGCCUAUAGAUGGAGUUUUGGUCGCUGUCGUGACUGUUGUUCGCCUCCUCUCACUCUGCGGAAGAUUCUGCCGCAGCAUCCAAAACACGGCAGCUCUCUCCUGCGCAAACAUGGGCACCGUUCUCUCUAUAUCUCCUUCCUCAAAGAAGGCAUCUAUAAUGGACACAGAGGCUGCAGGAGACGGAUUAAAAAACGACAAGAGCCUCAAACGCCACUCAAUGUUCGUGUCCCUCUCCUGGAAGAAGCUGGUGGCCAAUUCGGCCAAGAAGAGCGCGAAGAAAGUGACCCCGAACCCGCUGCCGUCCAGCCAAGUGGCCCACCUCAACAGCGAGAACGUCAGGAAGACGCACCAAACCGAGGAAAGGAAGCCAAAAGCGCCCAUCCCAGUCCCGGUACCCACGGUACCCACGCAGAACAGCGACAGCGUGGUCCAAAACGGGAGGCUGUCCACGGUUCAGAAGCAACCCAGCAACUUCUCUCUGCUGUCACCCCGGCGGAUUGUUAUCCAGGCGUCAACCGGGGAGCUGCUUCGCUGUUUGGGGGACUUCUUGAGCCGCAGGUGUUACAAACUGAAAGAGUUAAACAGCGGGGAUAUUGUCCUCUGGUUCCGAAACAUUGACCGGACUCUUUUGAUCCAGGGCUGGCAGGACAUUGGCUUCAUCACGCCGGCCAACGUGGUGUUCGUGUACCUGUUGUGCCAGGAGGCGAUCACGGAGAGCGUAAGCAGCGCGGCCGAGCUGCAGGGCACCUUCCAGACCUGCCUCUACCUGGCAUACUCCUACAUGGGCAACGAGAUCUCCUACCCGCUCAAGCCAUUCAUCAUCGACUCAAACAAGGACGUUUUCUGGGAGACGUCGCUCCGGAUCAUCGACCGGCUGAGCAACAAGAUGCUCCAGCUGAACGCGGACCCGCACUUUUUCACCGAGGUUUUCCAGGACCUGAAAAACCAGCGCGAUUCCAGCGAGUCCAGCUUGGAUCGCUGACCUGGGUUGUAACGGAAGGCCGAAAGUGUCAGAAUUUAAAGCAUAGAUAAAACGAAGCACAAAGCUGCAGCCUCUGCAAAAGGAAAAUUGAGCCAUUUUAGAUGAAAAGUUUAUAUUUCUGACCAGGGCCGGAUUUAAAAUAAAUUUGGGCCAUUGGGCUAGAGGCCAUUUUGGUCCCCUAACUGCACAAAGUUUGUUUAAGCCAGAUUUCUAGGGCUUAAAAACUUUACUUCUCAAAAUUAUCUUUAUAUCCGUAUUUUCAGAAAUAAGAGAUAAAUUCUACAAUUGUUUUCACCCAUACAGAAAAAUGACCAAAAUUUUGGAGUAACUAUGGAAGGAUUGUGUGUGUAACUUAGUGACAAAAAUACACACACACACAAAAAGAGGAGAGAGUGGAGCAUGCUCUGAACUGCUUUUUAAAGUUAUGUCUUUGUUAUAUUAUAUUGAAGAAAUGUAAAAACUCACUGUCAGAUGGGUUAUAAAUGUGUUAUUUAGAAAAUUAUAAAACAGUAUUUGCAAAAAAACCAAUUUAUAAAAACAAUUAUUUAUAACAAACUAACCUUGAGGUUAACUAAUCCUUAACCUACCCAACAUCAGGAUUAAGUAAGCUCUUUCCUAAGUCCAACAUAUUGGUUUUUCCAAACUCUUACAAUAUAUCACGUUUUUACAAAUUAUCAUAGUGAUUCCACUUUUCAUGGUUUUAUAUUUUACAAAUAUGGAUGAAAUUCUAAAAAGAAAUAAUAUGAUUUAACUCUCUUCAAGAAUGUAAAGAAAUAUUGUUAGAAAAAUAAACUUUUCCUGCUUUGUUCCUUUUGGCAGCUCUGUGCUUCUGCACAUGUAUGAUUGCUUAAAUAACAUUGGGAAAACAGACAUUAAAUAAAUAUAUUAAUAUUCGCUUAAAUAUUCAAGACAUUUUUAAACUGUGUAAUCAAACAACUAAAUCCAAAAAAAAUAUUUGCAAAUUUU